AUGUCUAAAAUCUCCGAAACUUCUCCAAAACAUUGCGCCAAGAAAGGAGGGAUUAGCAUCAACAAUAGUCGCAAGAAACUCUUCUUCACAUUCUCAACUUUCUUCAGCGGCCUUCUCCUCAUCAUCUUCCUCAUCUGGCUCAUCCUCCACCCGGCGAAACCCGAAUUCUCCCUCACAGAAGCCAAUAUCUACACCCUCAACGUCUCCUCCUCCGCCACCCAUCUCCUCAACUCCUCAAUCCAACUCACUCUCUUCUCCAAAAACCCUAACAAAAAAGUAGGAAUCUACUACGACAAGCUACUCGUAUACGCAGCCUAUAGAGGACAACAAAUCACAUCAGAGGCUUCUCUACCGCCUUUUUAUCAGUCCCACGAAGAAAUCAACCUCUUGACGGCGUCUCUUCAAGGGACUGAGCUACCGGUUGUUCAGUCUUUUGGUUACCAAGUCAGUCGUGACCGGUCAGCCGGUAAAGUAAUCAUCGGCAUGAAGAUGGACGGGAAGCUACGGUGGAAGAUCGGGACAUUUGUCUCUGGCGCGUACCGGUUUAAUGUGGAUUGUCUUGCAAUCGUAGCUUUUGCACCAAACAUGACCACUGCUCCAUUAGCUUCACUACAAGGGACUCGUUGCUCUACAGCCAUAUGA